UUGCCCUUCAGUUCAAAUCAAGCCACUCUCAAGUUUAGAUCUAUAUUAUUCUAUUUUAGACUUUUCUUCACACUAUUUUCUCCAAUCGAAACUUUUAUACUUGAAAAGAAAAGAUUGAAAAUUACAUUCUUUACGAGACAUUGCAAACUUUUUGAAAUUAUUUUUAGGAUAUUUUGUUAUUAAAUUAUUUUGUGGCUUGCGUGUUUUAUAGCAUUCGCCGUGUGUGUGUGUGUAAAAGGGAAGCUCUCUCGUGAAACAAGAAAAGGGGAAAUCGCGCAUGCUCUACGCUCGUAAAUGUGAAUCAAUAAGUUGGAAACAAGGGAAAAAAAAUAAAGUGUUCAGUGAAAGUUGUUGACUGUUUAAAAUGCGCGUAUUUUUUUAAAUAAGGGAGAACCAAAGAAUUUUUGCUCUUUUUGGAAAACUAUUCCAGAAUUUUAAAUUAAAAAAUGAAAAAUUUAUUGAAAAAUUUUGUUUAAAAUUGUUUUUUUAAAAAAAAGUGGUUUUUUAUAAACAAUAUAAAUUAUAUUUUGUUCAGGAGAAAGAACGAUAAACGGAGUUGGAGAAUCGGUCCAUGAAAAUGAUGAGUAGAGAGCAAAGUCUGCAUUCCGAGGUCCAUUUGUUGUGAAGAAGUGUUAUCUGAAAUUUUCUAUACAACAACCAUGGAUAUAGUGUAGCAUUUUUCCUUUUUUUUCUUCUUCUUCUCUUUUCCCGCUCACGGCAGGACGAAGAAUCUCGUUAUUGACCUCAGACUAUUGAAUUUUCCUGCGCACUUUUUUUGGCGGGAUUUAAACCUGGGAAAAACGAGAGGAGAUCCUGUGAAUAGAGAGCGAGAAAGAGGGAGAGAGAGAGAGGGACCAUCGUUCUUUAAGUUCUUUGAGAAUGGAUUUAAUACCGGGCGGUAUGCUCGUACCUGCUAAGAUCCAGGAUAUCAAUACCUACCAUUCUUCGUUUUACUCGCCACCACCCACUGAAGCUUCGAGAUCUGGAUAUGAGUCCAGCUGCGGUGAGGAUUCAGAAAAUGAGUAUUCAUCGAAUUAUCCAGGGACGACGCAAAAUUCAUCGUCUGGUGCGACUAAUCCAAAUGGCGUGCCUCAAGGAAAGCAAAUAAGUAAAAGUCGUUGGACAAAAGAGGAGGAUGCUCUUUUGAAAAAAUUGGUCAGCCACGCCGAUCAUCAUGGAUCGAAUUUACGAUGGGACGUUAUUUCGGCCCAUUUCCCCGACAGAAGUGACGUUCAAUGCCAGCAAAGAUGGGCCAAAGUCGUUAAUCCCGAAUUGGUUAAAGGCCCAUGGACCAAGGAGGAGGAUGAGAAAGUUGUCGAAUUGGUCGAUCGAUACGGACCCAAAAAAUGGACAUUAAUAGCAAGACAUUUAAAGGGUCGUAUUGGAAAACAAUGUCGCGAAAGGUGGCACAAUCAUUUAAAUCCAGGUAUAAAGAAAACCGCUUGGACGGAGGCUGAGGAUCGAAUUAUCGUUGAGGCACAUCGUCGAGUCGGUAAUCAAUGGGCAAAAAUUGCCAAACUUUUACCUGGAAGGACGGAUAAUGCAAUCAAAAAUCAUUGGAACAGUACAAUGAGGCGAAAAUAUGAAACCGAAGAUGGUCGACUCUCUGGAUCAAGAGGGAGGGGAAGAAGGAAAGCUGCGAAUGCAAGUUCAAGCCACAGUAGAGAAUCGAAAACACAGAAAACACAGGAAGAUAAUUCUACUGAAGUGAGUAAUAAAAAUUCAAGAGGCGAAAGCAGUUCGUCACAUUCAUCGAUACCCGAGAAUGCCGUUUGUGGCGAUCUCGAUCAGCUCGAUUGGACAAAAGCUUGGGAACAACAGCAGCAGCAACAAACCUCCCAUCGUCCGCAGAGUAAUUAUCAGAAUAUGAUGCACCUAAAUGAAUGCAAUAACGCCGAAAGGCAACUAAAUUCACCACCUCGACGAGAUGGUUCACAGAGGAUAAAAUCCGAAACAUUAUCUCCAUUCUCCAGGGUAAAUAUUUCUCGUGCUAGAUAUUUCGAUUUGGACAUACAAAAGGAGGCGAGUAGUUCGAGGUCGUCGGAAAUUCGUCUCCUUCCGAUGCCCGAUCUCGAGGAAGGGAAUAUUUGUAUGGAGAAGGAGAAAUCAAGUCCACCGCCGAUUCUCCGAAGGAAGCGCAAUUUCCAAAUGAUCGAGAGAACCGACACGCCGGACAGUGGGAAUCAAUCGGAUUAUUUGUUAAAUCAACAUCAUAAUCUUGGAACAACGCCAUCGACUCCCAUUAAACAAUUGCCCUUCAGUCCAUCGCAAUUUUUAAAUAGUCUCAGUCCUGAGACGUCAUGGCCCAGGGCAAGCACACCAAAGGGAAGUCCCGAGGCUCUCACAACGCCCCAACCGUCAGGUUUGCGUCGCAAUCUCGGUGAUGGCAUGACGCCUAGGACACCGACACCAUUUAAAAAUGCUCUGGCUGAAUUGGAACGAAGAAUCGGCUCAUCGACACAUUUGCCGGCAACGCCAAGUCGUUUGGAUGCCCUCACGGAAAUUAUUAAACAGGAAACGGAUCAGGAGAGUUUUGCCUGUUCAAGCAGUAUGCUUCAGGAUUCUGGUUAUGGAACGGGAAGGCGAAGAGGAAAGGAGAACAGUGCACCGGGUGGUAAACGAGCACGAAAAGCACUGUGCCAAGCGUGGGCAAAUUCAACAGAUUCCUCGGACAUGAGUUUCGCCAUCGAGACCCCGAGUAAAAAUUUGGAUACAUCAGUGCUGUUUUCUCCAGCAUCAAUGGCAUUGGAGGACAGUUUUUUGGCAGCAGGACCGAGUCCCGUGAAGCUAGAGUGUGUCUAUCCUUUCCAGACCUCCCACGACUUUGUCUCCGUUCAUCGGAAGUCGAAUGCCAAGAGGGCUAUAUCGUUCGACGCGUUUGACAGCCCCUGUAAUUUCAGCCCUCAACCUCGGCCACCAUCCAAACGCGCCAAGCUGCAGUUGGAAGUGCAAUGGGCAACGGUUGCUUGCGGUCAAACAAUGGAUCAGCUCGAAAUGACGAGAGCAGCUCGCAAAUUUCUUGGUAUUCAAGGAUUUCUAACACUACGCCCACGUUCUCUUAAAUUUUAAGUUUCUACAA